UCUCUGGGGUUCCCAUUCCCGCCCUUUCAAAAAUUGGAAUUCUCCCCCCAAUCUCAAAACCCUAAUUCCCAAAAAUGGAGAUCACAGAAGAACAAAGAAGACGAGCCGAAGCGAAUCGAUUAGUAGCACUAGCGAAACGCAAAGCGCUGAUCGAAUCCGAAUCCUCCAAUCUUCAACAACAGCAGCAAAACCCAUGGUCACUCUUCAAGUGCCGAAAGAUUUCUCCCGACCUCACCCCAAGCUCCACGCAUUGCAUCCCCGAUCCGAGACCCGAAUUUUCCCGGGUCAAACCGGUUCCGGAUAUUCAAUUUCCAGCGAGGUUCCGGGUCAGGCUCGAAAUCUGCUCCCCGGACUCCUUCUCAGCCACCCCAGUUGCCGUAAAAGGGUUUGCAUUUCCGGGGCAGGAGGAGUGCUUAAGGAGACUAAGUGAUUGCUUGGCUAAUGUCAUGCCAUCCCAUUACACGCAAAAUCAUGGUGGUGGAAAGGCCGGUGUUUAUAAGCUGAGUGAUUACAGUGCGGUCUUGAAAUGUCUAAGAAGCAGCAAGAGCAUUGACACUGAAGAAAUACCUUGGGGCACUCUUAAUGUUGUAGAGAGACUUUCACAUUCUUUUGUUGCGGGAAAAUGGAUACCAUGCAGGCCAGAACACUUGUCAGACGAAAUGGUUGAUGAGUUCGUUGGGAAGCUACCGAAGAAGCUGUUAGAUGCACUUUUGCCUUUCCAACAUGAGGGUGUUAGAUUUGGUUUGCAAAGAGGUGGACGAUGUCUUAUUGCAGACGAAAUGGGCCUUGGAAAGACACUCCAGGCUAUUGCUAUUGCAAGCUGUUUCAUGCAUGAAGGUUCCAUACUUGUUGUUUGCCCUGCCAUUUUACGUUACUCUUGGGCAGAAGAACUAGAGCGGUGGCUUCCGUUUUGCUUGCCAGCUGACAUCCAUCUAGUAUUUGGUCAUGAAAACAAUCCUGCCAAUUUAAAGAGAUGGCCUAGAGUUGUGGUUAUUUCUUACACAAUGCUCCACCGGUUGCAUAAGAGCAUGCUUGAACGAGAAUGGGCUCUCUUAGUUGUUGAUGAAUCCCACCACGUACGAUGUACCAAGAAAUCAUCAGAACCUAGAGAGAUAAAAGCUGUUCUUGACAUUGCAACAAAGGUCAAGCGCAUAGUUUUACUAUCUGGAACACCUUCUUUGUCAAGGCCGUAUGACAUUUUUCAUCAGAUAGAUAUGUUAUGGCCUGGUUUGCUGGGAAAAGACAAGUAUGACUUUGCCAAAACUUACUGUGAUGUCAAAUAUAUCCACGGUGUUCAAGGGAAAACUUUUCAGGAUUUCUCUAAGGGCACUCGUUUGGAGGAGUUGAACAUGUUACUGAAGCAAACGGUUAUGAUAAGACGCUUGAAGGAACAUGUCCUGGUUCAGCUACCACCCAAACGCCGCCAGAUUAUACAAGUAGUACUGAAGAAAUCAGAUAUAGCUUCAGCAAUAGCUGCUGUCAGGGUGGGAAGAAGUGCCACUAAGAAUGCAUCUUCAGAAAAUUUGGAUGAACCAAAUGAUAGUGAGUGUUGCUGCAGAUCAGGGCAACUUUCCUACCAAGAAUUAGGUAUUGCAAAGCUAGCCGGUUUUCGGGAAUGGCUCUCCAUUCAUCCACUCAUUGGAGAAUCAGAUGGUGUUGUAAACUUGGAAUCAGAUUCCAGUUCUCACAAAAUGUUAAUAUUUGCGCAUCACCAUAAAGUACUUGACGGAUUACAGGAGUUCAUAUGUGAGAAAGGGAUUACUUUUGUCCGAAUUGAUGGAAAUACACUUGCUGCAGAUAGGCAGGAAGCUGUACGAUCAUUCCAACUAUCUACCGAGGUCAAGAUUGCAAUAAUUGGUAUUACUGCUGGAGGUGUUGGCCUUGAUUUCUCAUCAGCAAAGCAUGUUGUGUUCUUGGAGCUUCCUCAGUCUCCAUCGUUGAUGCUUCAGGCUGAGGAUAGAGCUCACAGGAGAGGGCAAACAAAUGCAGUCAACAUAUACAUAUUUUGCGGAAAGGAUACUAUAGACGAGUCACAUUGGCAAAACUUGAACAAGAGUUUGCACCGUGUUUCAUCUACAACGAACGGGAAGUAUGAUGCAAUACAAGAGAUACCGGUCGAAGGUAUUUCUUUCUUUGAGACGUCAGGUGGAGCUGAUACUUGUGAAGAUCAUAUGUGGCAAAAGACAGUGGGUGAUGAGUUCUCUGGAGAGUCAAUAAAAUUGUCUAACUUUGGCUGCUUAGCCAAAUAUAUGAUACCGGCGUAUGAUAAAUUGGUUGCAAACAUUCUACAUGGAUCUGCACAGCACAAUGAUAGUGAUGGAAUUUCAUCCCAAACGCACAGUAGUACCAAGGCUCAAGUGGUUUUUGAUUGCAAUGGGGACAAGGGAUGUUCAGAAGAGAACUUGGAAGGAGAUGUUUCUACGAGCAGUGAAGACAAAGAUGGACUUAAAAAGGAACACCAAAACAACUGUCAAGCAACCAAAUCAAAGGACGCCGAACCAGUUCAGCCAAUGGAAGCUAAAGAAAGUAGUACCAACCAAGUAGAUGCUUUGCGAUUUGAGGUGAGCCAAUACACUGGUAGAAUCCACUUGUAUUCUUGCAUCUCAAGAGAGGAUUCAAGACCAAGGCCACUUUUUGAGAAUUUUAGACCAGAAGAACUCGAGGCAUUGAAUUCUACUGCUGCUGACAAUAUUAAAGGAACUUCUUUCAAAUUUUUGAAGGAGAAUCCAGGUUAUUUGCAUGCUCUUCUUGCAUUCAUCAAAGAAUGGAAGAAAUUGAGGCCCAUCGAACAAAAAAAAUUACUUGGAAAGCCUUUGCAGCUUCCUUUGACUAUUGAGUUGUGCUACCUGUGCGAAGGCAUUAACCACGACAUCAGGGGACUACUGAAAGGUGGAAGCAAGCGCCGCUCUACACCUUUUGUUGAGAUCAGCAAACCUUUACCAUCAAACACUGUGUGGAAAAAAGUCCACCUACGUAGUGGCUAUGGAAAAAGGGAGAAGGAAUACACUCAGGGUUUUACUCUGACUGAUGAUCCUUUGUGCAAACUGUGUCAAACACCAUGCACGGGCCAUAAUGCCAAGACACCUGAAUAUUUUGAAGAUCUGUUCUGCCAGCUUAGCUGCUACGAAGAAUACCGCAUCCGAACAAGUAACAGAUCUCUUCGUCAUGAGCUUUUUCAACUGGAACGUGGUGUCUGCACAAUUUGCCAAUUAGAUUGUCAUAAACUUGUUGAGCACCUAAGACCGUUAUCCUUGGCAAUGAGGAGGCAGUAUAUUGAAAAUUUUGCGCCACGAGUGGCAACUCUGAAGAAACCGCUUGAUAGGCUUGUUAAGGAUCCGAAAGAGGGCAAUGCAUGGCAUGCAGACCACUUUGUUCCUGUCUAUCGAGGUGGAGGUGAAUGCAGGCUCGAGAACAUGAGAACACUUUGUGUGGCCUGUCAUCGCGAUGUUACUAAAGCACAAUGUGCUGAACGGCUGUCAACAAGGAUCCAGGCUAAGAAAAAACUGAAAGCAAUCAUGAACGACAUUAAAAAGAAAGCUACGGAGACUAAUCUAGCGGGCCCGGAACAUAUAGAGAUUAUGCAAGAGGAUGCAAUUGAGGAUGAGCUUUUCGUCAAGGUUCCUGGGAGCGCCUACUCAUUGGAAAAUCGCUUGGAUGCUACAACUACAGGCGAAGACUUGGACGAGCCCUCCAGUAGCAACAAGGUUCCAACGGUAGAUAGCCAUCUGUUAGGAGUAUAAUUCAUGUAUUUUUUCUUCGAAUAGCAAAUAUUUUGAUUUUUUUAGAACCUUUUGAUGUCUAGGACUCAAUUUCUGGACUUCAGAUUGUUUAAGUUGAAGCUGCAGAUUUAGGUAGUUUCAGUUGCCUUGUACUUGUCGUCGCCCGGCUGUAUACGAUACAAGCAUUUCCACUGGAAAUAUAAAGCAAUAUUUGUACAUUUAUAUAAAA